AAAAAAAAGACAUAAAACAAAAUAUAAAUUUAAGAAUAAAUAAAUACACUGAAGAACUAAUAUGUUAUUAUGGGCAAAUACGAGCGCACUCUGUAUAUUGUUUUGUACUUUGCAAGCUACCUUGUCGGCAGCUAUGCUAUCGCAAAAUACAAAUACAGGGGCGACGAGGAAUCAACUAGUAAAGAGAGACACUCUGAGUAAAACAGAGUAUAGGAUCAUUUCUGUUAAAAUUGAUCAGCCUGGUAGGUGUAAAGAAGGUGCAUACAAAGAUGUCAACUGGGAAGAUACUGGGUUCUCUACGGUUGUAGAGAACGAUACAGAAUUAGCAAAAUAUCGAUAUGACAACAAGGACGACAAUAAGUAUUGUUUAUACUGGUAUAUUUUAUUAAACACAGGUGAUGCUAAUGAAGCGAGAAAGCAGGCUAAUGAAUAUUAUGAAAAGACUAAGUCGACUAUCAGUAGAUUAAAAACUGAGUUUAAUUACAAGUUGGGAGAAGAUACAAGUGGUGACUACAAGACACCGUACCCGGUUAACAAGAACAAACUUAAUGAGCCUUACGUCAAAAUCACUGAAACUGCCAAUGAUUGGUCAAUAGCUGAGCAAUCGAUCUAGAGGAGGAUAUUAGUCUGGGCAGAGAGUGAUAUAGAACAUUUUGUUCUAUAUCAGAGCUUCUCUGAUUAGAAACAUAAUAGAGUCAAUGAUAUGACUCUAAGUUGGUUUAUUAAGUGGAAUUGUUUUACAUUAGUUAAUGUUAUGGUUUGAAUUGUUGGAUUGUUUUAGUUAUCUCUCGAUUUACGGGAUAGAGUACUGUACGCUUUAUGCAUCAUUGUUCAUAAUGAAAUGUAUCGGUUUAGAGCUUUGAAAUAUAACCUACUGGUAUGUGACUGAAUGAUGUCACGGAGUUUGAAGUAUUCUGUCUUGUAAGGAUGCAUGGCCUUAUUGGUUUAAGGGGCUACGUAUCUCUAGUUUCAAGGAUUGACAGGAUGCUCUAUAAGAAUACUGAAAUCCGCAGAAACUUAUUUUCUAGGUUUGUAUAUCUUUUUCUUUAGUCAAGUUUUAUUUUAGUUUCUUUGGUUUAGGAUUGAACCAAUUGAUAUUGUUAUUUGUUAAGUAAUUGGCUUAUAUUUAACCUGUUAUUCCCCAACAGACUCAGAUUAUAGAACACAAAAAAUGUUCUAUAAUUGGGUCCUUUUUGGGAACUUAGUAAUUUAUCUCUAUUUCAAGUCUCU